AUGGACCUACAUGACGUCCAGUGGCCGCGGAGGACUGACAAGGCCACCAACAUAGAUGAUGUAAGCGCGGACACAAGAACACUGGACAGUUACGAAUAUGUCGGUCUCAGCGCCGAUGGCAAGGAGGGGGGUGGGGGCUGGACAAAGAUGAUCUUACACUUACUUAGCUUACGAGUCUUUACGAUCCUCAUGUCAGAUUUGGAGGCUGUUGGCGAGCAUUACCGUGACUCCGGAGUGAAGUGUCCAGGAUUGGUGCCAGUACCGAGUUCCUGGGAUAACCAGUCGUUCAUCAUGUUCAAUUUCCUCAUGAUGUUUUGA